AGUGCGGGUCUCCGGGAGGGCCCCGGGCGCGUGCGCAGUGCGGUCGGGCCUGCGGGGCCGCGGUGUUUCCUGCCCCGCGAUGUCGGGUCCGGGGGGCCCGGGCCCCGGCGGGGGGAAGCUGGACAUCAACCGCGCCGGGGUGUCCGAGCUGGAGGGGGCGCUGAGCGGUAUCGGCCGGCGCCGGGCCCGGGGCAUCGUGCGCAAGAGAGAGGAGCUGAAGGGCUUCAAAUCACUGGAUGACCUGCUGCACGUCAAGGGCAUCACCACCCGGAUCCUGGAGCUGAACAGCCAGCGCAUGACCUGCAGGAGGAGGCCAAGCAGCGAGGAGGCUCCUGGUGGGAGUCCCAGCCAGCAGGGGCACAGUGCCCCCGUGCCUCAGGUGCUGGCUGAGGAGGAGAGCGGCGUCCAGGCUGCCUGGGAGUCAGAGGAAUCGGAUUGCUCAGGUGUUGAAGGGGGUUCUGGUCCAGAGUCCGAUGGCUCCAGAGUGCGAGUUGGGCAGGAGCCCGAGGAGCUGGCCGGCCAUGGAGGGCUGGAGCCUGCCAGCUCCCGAGUCUGUGGGGUGCAGGAGGAGGAGGAGGAGGAGGGGAGCUGCUGCAGCGAUGAAGGGGAGGACGGCAGUGACGUCUAUUUCUAUUACACCAUUGGUGAGCGCUGGAUUGACUAUCUGGAGAGGACCGAGGAGGGCAGCCUCAUCAGACAUGUGCGGCCAAAGAUGAAGCGGAAGUCGGAGCAUGGCCUGGACAGCAGGGCCCUGUCCCCUGGCAAGAAGCUCUGCAAGGGCUCCGACUACGGCAGGACACUGGGCCCCUGCAUUCCCAGUCCCACCGCCACCUUUGGGGACCUGCGCAAUGCCAAGCCGGGCCAGGGCCGCCGGCGUCGCAUUCCCUCUGUCGUCCCGCCCCCGGAGCUGCAGGACUGGCUCCGUACCUUUCAGAGGUGGAGUGGCCCGGAGAAGCUGGUGGCCCUGGAUGAGCUCAUCGACCGCUGCGAGCCCUCCCAGAUCAAGUACAUGAUGCAGGUGAUUGAGCCGCAGUUCCAGAGAGACUUCAUCUCCCUGCUGCCCAAGGAGCUGGCGCUCUAUGUCCUGUCCUUCCUGGAGCCCCGGGACCUGCUCCGCGCUGCCCAGACCUGCCGCUACUGGAGGGUCCUGGCUGAGGACAACCUGCUGUGGAGGGAGAAGUGCAGGGAGGAAGGCAUCGAGGAGCCCCUGAACCUGCGGAAGCGGCGCCUUCUGAGUCCUGGCUUCAUGUACAGCCCCUGGAAAUUCGCCUUCAUGCGGCAGCACAAAAUCGACAUGAACUGGCGCAGCGGAGACCUCAAAGCUCCCAAGGUCCUGAAGGGACAUGACGACCAUGUCAUCACCUGCCUGCAGUUCUGUGGCAACCGCAUUGUCAGUGGCUCCGACGACAACACCCUGAAGGUCUGGUCAGCCAUCACCGGCGAGUGUGUGCAGACCCUCGUGGGUCACACAGGGGGGGUCUGGUCCUCCCAGAUGAGGGACAACAUCGUCAUCAGCGGCUCCACGGACCGGACGCUGAAGGUGUGGAACGCAGACACGGGCGAGUGUGUGCACACGCUGUACGGACACACGUCCACUGUGCGCUGCAUGCACCUGCACGGGAGCAGGGUGGUGAGUGGCUCACGGGACGCCACGCUGCGCCUCUGGGACAUCGAGACCGGGCAGUGUCUGCACGUGCUGAUGGGGCACGUGGCCGCCGUGCGCUGCGUCCAGUACGAUGGGCACAAAGUGGUGAGCGGCGCCUACGACUACACGGUGAAGGUGUGGGACCCGGAGAGUGAGAGCUGCAUCCACACGCUGCAGGGCCACACCAACCGCGUCUACUCCCUGCAGUUUGAUGGGACGCACAUCGUGAGUGGCUCUCUGGACACGUCAAUCCGGGUGUGGGACAUGGAGAGCGGUAACUGCCUGCACACGCUGAUGGGGCACCAGUCGCUCACCAGUGGCAUGGAGCUGCGGGACAACAUCCUGGUCUCGGGCAACGCAGAUUCUACCGUCAAGAUCUGGGACAUCAAGACAGGCCAGUGCCUGCAGACGCUGCAGGGGCCCAGCAAGCACCAGAGCGCCGUCACCUGCCUCCAGUUCAGCUCCAAGUUCGUGGUGACCAGCUCGGACGACGGCACCGUCAAGCUGUGGGACCUCAAGACGGGCGAGUUUGUGCGCAACCUAGUGGCCCUGGAGAGUGGGGGCAGCGGGGGGGUGGUGUGGCGCAUUCGCGCCUCCAACACAAAGUUGGUGUGUGCUGUGGGCAGCCGCAAUGGCACCGAGGAGACCAAGCUGCUGGUGCUGGACUUUGACGUUGACCUGAAAUGAGCCCCAGCCAAGCCGGGAUGGGAUGGAGGAUCCCGCAGGCCGGGCACAGCACCUGGGCUCCGCAGGGCAGGCCCCGGAGCAGGCCUCAGCCCCUCUGCAGGGCUGUAAAUACUGUAUCCAGCCUGCCUCAGCCUUAUUUAUAUGUGUGAGCGCCUGGACAUGGGACUGACAGGGAGGGCCCUGCACACAGCCAGGGGCCUGGACAGAGAGCGAAGGCAGCAUGUUUUGUACACACUAAUAUAUCAAUUUAUUUCUGUA